GGUGUGCGAGUACCAGCGUCAGGAACAGGUGAAGGUACAGGUGCCUACCGUACGAGCCUUUACCGCCACUGUCAAGGUGUACCGCCCCGGCUGCUACACCGACACCCCAGAUUGUCUUAACUACGAGAGAAGGACCAAGUACCACACCGUGUACCGCGAGAGAGAGGAGGUCCACACGCAUUCUGUCUUCGCCUGCUGUCCCGGCUGGUCCAUGCAGGAUACAUCAGAGGCAGACGAGAAGAAGGGAGGGAAGCGUCACACGGAGGAUGAAGGGAGUAAUGACUACCCCGAAGGAUGUUUUAUCAGACUGGAAGAUCCUCCGGAAGAUGGUGGUCGAGAGAUAAGUCACGAGGGUCAGGUUUAUCACUUGGUCAACGGCACUCAAGGAAAAAAUAACAAUUCAGUCUACAAAGGUGAACUAUACCAGUUGUACAAGUUGGUCUAUGGCCCGAUGGAGAAUUCAACCAUCGAUGAUCUGUCUGCUCUUUCCUACCUUCCGCCACACCGAGAGGAGGGUAAUGUUAAAAGGAAGACUCAUGACUAUGCCAACGACGACCCAUCCGUACAGGACGCCUCCAGUGCAGGAGAUUUGGUCCUCCCUACACACCCACAGGAGCCUUCACCCUCACCAGACACCAGAGAGGGCGUCAGUCAACCCACCGUCACUCACCGUCGCCGGAAUCAUCGUCACAGGCGGCCCUUCCGUACUAACGUCCCCAAGCAAGGCAGCCGUCGUCGCCACCGCUCACGUAAUCACGGCCAUCGUCGUCAUCAUGGUCACCAGAGAGGAAGAUCGCCCACAAGACAUGACGAGGAUGUGGAAGUCAAGACGAUCUACUCUACAGGAGAGAACAACAAUCGUCGUCACCAUCACCGAGUGUACAGGAACAAGAACAGCACCGAGUAUGACGCCUACAGCUACACCAUCAUCAUGACCAACAAUAAGAAAAGUGAACAGAAGCGUAGAAAAGACGGUGAUGGGCGACCCGAGGGCGUGUCACCACAGGAACAAGUCUCACGGCUGGAGGAGGUGGUAGAAGCUUAUCCCAAUGGACCUCAAACUGCGUGUGGCCGCAUCUUCUGCUACAACGGUGGCCGCUGCGUCUACAACCGCUGCAUCUGUCCCCGAGGUUACUACGGCUCUCGCUGCCAGUAUGAUCGAGACGAGUGUCGAGAGAACAACGGCGGGUGUGACCAGACCUGCAAAAAUUCUGUGGGCUCCUUCAUGUGUUGCUGCAGCCCCGGCUACAGGCUCCUGCCCGACAACCGCUCCUGCCAUGACGUGGACGAGUGUGACUACCACAACGGCGGGUGCUCCCACGAGUGUGUCAACACGGUGGGCUCCUACGAGUGUCGAUGCGGCCCCAACUACCGCCUCCUGACCGACGGCCGUACUUGCAUAGGUGAGGACCUAUGUACCUCGAGUAACGGCGGCUGUGAUCACUUCUGCAACGACUCCUCCGCGCGGGUCGUCUGCUCCUGCCGCCCUGGGUAUGGGUUGGGUAACGAUGGGCGUGGGUGUGAGGUGAUUGACCCCUGUGCUGUGGACAACGGCGGCUGUCACGACCGCUGCCAGGUUGAGCAGGGGCGUGUGCGCUGCUCCUGCCGGCGUGGCUUCACCCUGGCUGAUGACCAGGUGUCCUGCGUCGACUUAGACGAGUGCCACACGCCUGGCACCUGCAGCCACCAGUGCCGCAACAUCUGGGGCUCUUACGAGUGCUUCUGUAACACUGGUUACCAGCUGGGAACUGACCACAAGUCUUGUUACAUGAUCGACAUGGAGGUGAUCAACUCGUGCCUGGAGAACAACGGUGGCUGUCAACACAUGUGUCGUCAUGGCGCUGGUGGUGCCGUCUGUACAUGUCAUCCGGGUUACUUGCUCCAACCUGACCGUCGCAGCUGUCAGGACGAGGACGAGUGUGAGGCGAGAACUCACCGCUGUCAACAGGAGUGUGUCAACACAGCCGGUGGUUAUGCCUGUGCCUGCACUCAGGGCUACACUCUGAGUGCUGACACAUUCACUUGUACUGACGUGAACGAGUGUGAGCGAGAGAACGGCGGGUGUGAGCACGAGUGCCACAACACCCAGGGCUCCUUUGUCUGUUCCUGCCGCAGGGGUUAUGUUCUAGUCAACCGCAUUCACUGUGACAUGGUCAACUAUGACUACACGGAUGAGGACGACGACGAUGAUGACUCCACGUCCCUGGGAGAAAGUGAGGACCUGGUCCUAAGCACGAUCCUGGAGGAUGACUCUUCGGUGUUGGGGGACACAUCAUCCUCUUCCUAUGACACGUGGAACGACAGCACCUAUGCUGAGCAUGCCAAGGUCACCACCAUACUCACUCGCUGUACCCCGGGACACUUCGGGCCCAACUGUACCCUGACCUGUGUUGACUGUCCUGGCGAGUGUGACUCGUCGGGCUGUGUGUGUCCCAUGGGCAGGACCGGCCCCACCUGCUCCCUCACCUGCUCAACAGGAUCCUAUGGUGCAGGCUGUAACAAGAAGUCACUACAGGUGUGUCGAUGCGAGAAUGGCGGCACGUGUGAUCCUGUGUCCGGAAACUGCACAUGUCCACCUGGCGUAUCUGGCGACCUGUGUCAAGAUGGAUGUCCUGCAGGGUACUUCGGUGGGCAGUGUGAGCGGCGGUGCCCCAUGAUGUGCCCCAACAUGCGCUGCAACAGAGUCUUCGGCUUCUGUGAGUGUGAUCCAGGACGCUUCGGGCCCAAGUGUAACAUGCCCUGCCCGGCCCUCACCUGGGGCCCUAACUGCCGCCAUCAGUGCCAGUGCCAGGCUCGCACCACUGCUAAGUGUCAUGCUGAGAGCGGUGUGUGCGAGUGUAAACCUGGAUAUGUGGGUCCUGACUGCUCCAAGGAGUGCCCGGCUGGCCGAUGGGGUGCUGGGUGCCUGCACGAAUGUCAAUGUGCUAGUGAUGCCACUUGCCACCCUGCUACAGGUGUCUGCGUCCAGGACUGUCCGUCAGGCUUCACUGGGCUCGACUGUAACACACCAUGUGAGGCUGGUCACUAUGGUCCGGGAUGUAUGAAGACCUGUAUGUGUGGACUACGGUCGUGUGACCCGGCCACUGGUGUCUGUGUCUGUCCUGCCGGCACACACGGCGCUAACUGUCUCCAGCCUUGUCCAGAGGGCCAAUGGGGCCAGAGCUGCCAGAUGAAGUGUAACUGCAUGAACGGUGCCUCCUGUGAUCAUGUCAGUGGGAAGUGCCACUGCACGUCAGGCUUUGUCGGUCCGGCGUGUGAGACGCAGUGUCCUGCUGGCAGGUUUGGUGUGGACUGUGGCGAGACCUGCAGCUGCCUCAAUGGCGCCUCCUGCCAUCACCUCACCGGCAGGUGUGAGUGUCUACCAGGAUUUACUGGCCCCAGCUGCGGCCAACCGUGUCCACUGGGAAGAUAUGGCCGAGAUUGUGUGCAUAUGUGCCACUGCGACAACAGUGGCGGUUGUGACCGUGUGACCGGCGAGUGUGCGUGUGCCCCUGGCUGGCGAGGACUUCAGUGCAAGCUCCCGUGCGAGACUGGCAGCUAUGGGUCUGGUUGUGCCAUGAACUGCAGCUGUGCCAACGGUGCCAAAUGUGACCACAUCUCCGGCGCCUGCAUGUGCCAACCAGGUUGGCGUGGCACCUUCUGCUCCCGCCCUUGUCCUGACGGGUUCUGGGGUCCUGACUGUCACCACCAUUGUGGCUGUGAUACUGGUGCCACUUGUGACCCUGCCACGGGUGCCUGCGUCUGUCCCCCCGGCAAGCAUGGUCAACACUGCUCCAAGACUUGUUCAGGUGACCGCUGGGGUAGUGACUGCCAGAAUGUGUGUCUCUGCCACAAUGGGGGCACCUGUGACCGUGUGACUGGCGCCUGUGUGUGUCCACCUGGAUUCAUUGGUGCCACUUGUCAGGACAGAUGUCCCACAGGAACCUAUGGCAGUGGCUGUCAACACACCUGCCUCUGUCAGCAUGGCGCCGGCUGUCAGCAUGACACUGGUACCUGUGUAUGUCCACCAGGUUUCUCCGGUACAUACUGUGAGACAGGGUGUGAGUCAGGCAGGUAUGGCCCCGGGUGUGUGCUGGAGUGUCAGUGUGAACACAGCGCCCAGUGUGAUCCUGUCACGGGGGCCUGCAAGUGUACCCCAGGCUGGCGCGGCCAACACUGCCACAAACCCUGCCUUAAAGGUUUCUGGGGCGGUGAUUGCGAGCAGGUGUGUGACUGUGAGCACGGCACUAACUGUCACCCAGUUACAGGCGAGUGCCAGUGCCCUGCUGGCUUCACCGGAGACAGGUGCCAGUUUAUUUGUCCUCUUGGGUUUUUCGGGGUAGACUGUAGUGAGCGGUGCAGGUGCGAGGCUCACCAGUCCUGUGACCACAUGACCGGCGCCUGCAGCUGUACCCCAGGGCGCCAGGGUCACCAGUGUCACGAGUAUUGUGCCGAGGGAUGGUGGGGGGAGGAGUGCCGCCAGGAGUGUGAGUGUGCUAGGUCAUCCCUCUGUGACCCGGUCACUGGUGAGUGUUUCUGUCCUGCAGGUCUCCGAGGACGCAAUUGUCGAAGAGGUUGUCCCCGCGGUAAAUAUGGCGUCGACUGUAAACAGAAGUGUAAGUGUGAGAACGGCGGGACGUGUGACCCAGUGAGUGGACAGUGUCAGUGUCGCGAUGGUUACUACGGCCCCACCUGCUCCGUCCCCUGCCCUGCCGGCACCUUUGGCUCUGGCUGUAACGAGACCUGUGGGUGUGAGCACGGGGGUGUGUGUACCAGGUCCGGGGAGUGUAGGUGCCCCGCGGGGUACGCAGGACAGCACUGUGAAACGAUCUGCCCCCAAAACACCUGGGGCCUCCGCUGUUCCUCCACCUGCCUUUGCCGCAACGACGCCAUCUGCCACCCAGCCACUGGGGAAUGUCAGUGUGGCAUCGGUUGGACGGGUCCAGACUGUAGCCAGGCAUGUGGCCCAGGACGCUAUGGUCCCAAUUGUCAACUGGACUGUGCCUGCCACCACAAUGUGUCCUGUGACAGGUUCUCAGGCUGUUGUGAAUGUGGCCCGGGCCGCUAUGGCCGCUACUGUGAACUAGAGUGCCCGGCUGGGUUCUACGGUAUCUACUGCAUAAGUGUGUGCGAGUGCCACAACGGUGCCACCUGUGACUCCCAGACUGGUCAAUGCCGCUGUGCACCUGGUUUUACCGGCGACACCUGUGCUGAUGUUUGUCCCCCAGGGAAGUUCGGACGUCACUGUAACGAGAAGUGUGAGUGUGGGGAGUACCCGUGUGACAGGGAGACCGGAGAGUGUCAGUGCCCGCCUGGCUUCAAGGGAGAAUACUGUGCUAUGCCAUGUGGGACGGGCAAGUAUGGAGGCGGCUGUGAGCAGGUCUGUGAGUGUCACAACGGCGGCAGCUGUCACCCUGCUACUGGCCACUGUUCCUGUACCCCGGGAUGGCUAGGUCCCAAGUGUGACGAGAAGGAUGGUGAAUGGCUUUCCUUCAUCACGGCUAGCGACCAGCGGGGACGGGCUGACAUCCCCGUCGAGCUUAGCUGAUUUCCCUGCUGACAGGAAAUGCUGUGAUGCUAUAAACUUACCUGAAAAAUGGACAAGUGAUGUGUUACUGGGAGGUGAACGUAACAGAGAAGCAACUCACCAUACAUCACUGCUUAUUGUGAUGAUGCCUCUGUGACUUUUUAUGUUUGCCAAAAGUUGAAGAAAAAACUUGUAUAUCAGUGGUUUUUCUCGUGUGAUUAUCAUUUCAUUAGGACUCGCUCAACAGCCAACGUCUGACUGUAGGGCCCUGGCAGAGGACUAAAAGUGCCUGGUCGCAGAGGUUGACACUUAUCUAUAUGUAACAAGGGUAAAAGAAAAGUUUAAUAUCAACUGUAUGACAGGUGAUUGUGUAGAAAAGCAAGGGAACUGGAACAAUCCAGGUUAAGAAUUUUUUAUGGUGAAAUUCUUCUGUAAAUCGUUAAUUUGAUUUUCGUUUAUUCUUUUAAUUUUAUGAUCUACUUGUAUGUUGAGGUGCUCCAUAUAUUUUGAUAAUAUAAUCAAUCAAGCAAAGAGAAAAAGGCCUAUGGUCUUAAAAUUAAUGUUAUCCUACCCUGAACUCUCUUAUUCUUAACGUAAUUUAUAGCAUGAUACGUGGCAGAGAUAAUAAUAAGUUUUCAGCCAUAUUGUGUAUUUGGGAGAAACCUGUACUUGAAGGAAAAGGGAAUUUUAUUCUCCGGUUCUUCCCUUCAUCCACUUCACGUACAAUACAGUAAAUUAUUCAUGUGGGUCAUUUACAAAAAGCUUGCUGUCGCCUGUUGCCUCCUGGACACCCACACACGGCUGUAUUGGCGCUUAUCUACUGAAUUACUAGUGCACGGAGGUAAACAUCUGGUCUUGGUAACAUUACUUGUUUAUUUUGUGUAAUUGAUAAAUACAACACGCAUAGCCCAAGGUGUUUGAGUGAUGCUAUGGAGUUAUUACUGACUGCGUAACACAAGUCAGCAGGUGUCAAGCCAAAGACACCCCGAGCUCAGGCGAUCAUCAUUAGUAGGCGGCCGUCCUGGUCUGAAAGUAAGGCAGUUUUUUAAUAAGUUUGAUUGACUGCUCAUGUAGCUCAGUUUUAAAGAUUAUAUAAAUAUAUAAGGAAUAAUUCAUUUUGUAUUCCACUCCUGGUCGAGUAUUGCGGGUAAACAGAAAGUGUGUGUACACACACUUAAGGCUGUCUGUCAGGUUCGAUGAUGCUGAAUGAUAAAUUACUAAUUUCGUUGUUUUGUUAAAUAUUAACUUAAGCCAUUGUCUAUAGUAGCCUUUUUUUUCUUUUUCAAUGCACAUUUGCUAUUUUGAAUUACAGCCUUUCGUUGGACAAAAUCUUAUUGUCUGUAGAUGUUUUCAGCUCGGUUACCAAUAGCUUCAAUGUAAGGGUUCAAGAGGACUUAUUUCUCUUUGGCCACGUAAGUGCCUUGAAAUUUUUUAUUUUUUAUUAGUUGAUAUUCGUGUUUAAUUAUGGUUCUUAUUAAAAGGUCUGUGGUGGGUGGAUUUUUCAGUCCUUCGCCAAAAUAAUUAAUAUUAUGCCAUCUCCGCAGCUCGCCCUUGGUUCACAUGUGGUCAUCAGACGUGUCCAUGAAUUAAUACUUAAGUAAGCACAGAAGGACUUAAAUGUACAAUAUGUACAGUGGAUUUAUGUAAAUUAUAUGUGAAGUGUUUUUAUUUCUUUUCUGGAUUUGCUCGAGUUAAUUUAUCCCAAUACAGAAGUUGCAUUAAUAUGACUUAUGACCAUCCACCAGUGUAAUCAAAUGCCUCCGAACCUAAAUGUAUUUAAAAUACCCAUAACUGUUGUUUAUGAUAACUGAAACCUUCACAAUUCAUUUGGAAAAUUGUUAUCAUAAAUGCUGGCAUGAAUAUUAUAUUGUAUUGUUCACUUGACGUGUCGUUUACCUUGUUAACAACUCAUUUGUCUCUAGAUAGCAAGUUGCCCGUUUUCGAAAACAAUGAAGUUCCCAAACUAUGGAUACCUGGCUUCUGGAGCCUACUUCAUUUAUCUUGAGGACAGUGUAUAAAGCUCUCUAUCAGUGGUGAAAGUAAGCUUUACUGAGUAUCGCAUUUGAGUGGGUUUCCAAUUCAGGACAGUAUGAUUUUAGUAAUUCACGGAGACAUGAGCAUCAACAUAGCUGUAUGUAGUAAUAAUUGUGGGACUUUAAUUAAAAACAUUAGAAUAAUGUCAUUACAAUAGUAUAUCAAUAUGUAGUUAAAGAGUAACCACUUUGCUCUACUGAGGUUUUGUUUUCAUUAAGCUGAAGUAUUGGUGUUCUUCCUUGGUAAGUUUUAUGUGAAGUCUCUGGAAUCGAUACUUUGGCAUCUACCUCUAAACUUCAGAAUUUUCUAGUUACCAAAAGAUCUCUUGACUGAACUACCAACUUAUUUUCCCAACCUUCCUCCUAUGAUAAAACUUUUAUCUUGCACCUGGAUGUAUGAAGUUAUUGUUUAGAAACCCUCACUCAUAGGAUUUAUAUGUAAUGAUGUAUAGCAAUAGAUGGAUAUCUUGGUCCUGUUUUGAAUUUGUACAUUAACACAAUAUUCCCAUAAAUUUAAUAAUAAAUAGUAUAUAUGACACAGCUAAGAGAUAGUGUCAUCAAUAAAUAUAUAUAAUGUGUAAAACCCUGAAGGGAAAAAACUGUAUGUACCCUGUAUAUAUCUUUGUAAAAAUAUUGUACAUCCUUUCAUCAUAAACUGUAUUAAUUUCAUGAUCUAGCAAUCUUGAGCCAGUUAAUUCCAACAAAUAUAUAAGUAAAUUAUGUCAAAUAUAUUACUGUAUAUGUAUAACUAAAACAACCUCUUGUCUGGGGUCGAAUCAAGGGCUACCAGGAUACGAUACCCAGGUGAUAAUCAUUCUACUACCAGCAAGUAAAAAAUCGCAUGUAAUCCGUGGUAGCUGAGUGGCUGUUGCCUGGGUCUUCAAACCUUGUAGUCCUGGGUUCAAACUUUAAUACCCUGUAAAUGGUUAUUUCCGUAGUAUAGUAUUUGUAUGCACGAAAAAUGCAUCUGCAUCAUCAUUGCCUCCGGAUUUUUCUGAGUUUAUUAGGUAUUCUAAAGCUUGGUAUACAGACUGACUGGCCAUUUCACAGAUCACUCCCACAUAUAGUGUUUAUGGUCGAGUAUGGUCAUGUAGGUUGGUGAAAAACUGGUCAGGAUUUUUAUUUGAUUAGUUUAUUAAAAUUUCUAUAAUAAUGUAUAUUGUUUUAGGACACUAAGAUCUUGUACUUACUGUGCUGUAAUUAAGUUUUAAUCUAAGCAUCUCGUGUAUCGUCACUCACAUGUAUUCUCAUUGUACUGCAGCUUACUUUUAUGUUUGUCUCACACUAUUGGUCUGGCAUAAUAAUAAGUACUUGUUACUUCUGUCAUGUAUUUUAUGUUGUCAAUUUAUUUUCAAGAAUCACUGCCAUAAGUUUAUAGCUUUAAUUAUAAAUUAAAUUUCUAUUAUCUUAAUCAAGGUUCUAAUUUAUACAGUGAUAAUAAAGAUUUUAAAGAUUUA